UUGGCUCCAUUCCUGCCGUACCAUGGCCGACACACCGAACACCAUCCCCGCACGUCUCGCUCACCUCGCCGACCAGCGCUCGGACUCUACCCUCCUGCGCCCAGACAAGGACGAUGACCCCAUGAAGAUUGUCGACCGCAUGUGGUCGCUCAUGGGCCUGCUCUACAAGCCGCAUCCGUGGCAUGGUGUCUCGAUCGGCAAGCACGCGCCCGAGACCGUCACUGCCUACAUCGAGAUCGUGCCGACCGACACUGUCAAGUACGAGGUCGACAAGCGGACUGGCUACCUCAAGGUCGACCGGCCGAACAAGUUCUCAUCGGUCUACCCAGCCAACUACGGCUUCCUCCCGCAGUCGUAUGCUGGCAAGCGCGUCGCCGCUCUCUGCAAGGAGGCGACCGGCCUCGACGUCGACGGCGACCAUGACCCGCUUGACAUCUUUGUCAUCUCGGAAAAGUCCAUCGGCCACGGCAACAUCAUCGUCGACGCCGUCCCCAUCGGCGGCAUCCGCAUGAUCGACGAUGGCGAGGCUGACGACAAGAUCAUCGCUGUCCUCAAGGGCGACGCCGUCUACGGCCACUGGACCGACGUCGAGGAGAUGCCCUCGUCCGUCACAGAUGCCAUCGUCCACUUCCUCUCCACCUACAAGCAGGCUCCGGGCGUCUCCGAGACAAAGGUCACCAUCGCAGAGGUCUACGGCCGCGAGGAGGCCCACAAGGUUAUUCUCGCCUCGGUCCAUGACUACGACGAGAAGUACGCCAACCUCCGCGACCUCCUCACCCAGACCAUCUUCCAGGCCGUCCUCUCCUCCGGCGCCACCCUCUCCGAUGACGAGUCCAUCUGAGCCUCUCACCUCCCGCUCGCCCGAGCACCUUCAUUGAACGACCCAAACCCCGGCA